AUGCCAGAGGCAAAGGGUCUAUCGGAUCCUUAUCAAGUUCAGAUUCAUAACCUUGAUGCAGGGCACGAAGCCUCAUACCAGCAGACCGUCCCGUUGUACCACAACCGACCACCGACGGACCGAGAGAAGACAAGAUGGUCGCUUUGGAGCUGGUCAUGGGAGUUUGGAGCAUGCCUCGUCGCGAUCAUUACCCUAGGGGGCAUUAUCGCGGUCCUGCGUAUCUACGACGGCAAGACGCAGCCAAACUGGCCGGCGGGAAUCAAUCUCAACGCCAUCAUCGCCUUGCUGACGACUCUCAUGAAAGCUGCCAUGGCCACGUAUAUCGCGGAAGCUCUGUCCCAACUCAAAUGGUCUUGGUUCAGGGAAGCGCGCACAUUGAGUGAUCUUGCUGCACUCGAUUCGGCCAGCCGUGGUGCUUGGGGUUCGGCACAGCUCCUGGUUCAAUACGUGCCUCGGUGCGCAACGCUUCCCUCCCGCUUAUUCCAGGCUAAUACAAGACACAGUCACCUUGCUUCUCUUGGAGCCUUUGUUCUCGUCUUCGCUGCGGCAAUCGGUCCCUUCACCCAGCAGGUCAUCGAUGUCAGAUCCCGCUCCGUUUCGCGCCAGGGCGGCGCGGCCAUCCGGGUAUGCAACACAAGCAUGUAUGAAGACUGGUGGGAAGGUCAAGCGCCUGGGAUGAACCUAGUGCCUCUGGAGACAACAGGCGCGAUAUACAAUGGCAUCAUGCAGACAUCGCUCAAUGAUCAAUCCUCGGUGACUUGUCCAACAGGCAAUUGCACAUUUGCGCCGUAUCAAUCGCUCGGCUUCUGCGGUAAAUGCGGCGACCUGACCAGUGCACUCACUCUCACUAGCUCUGACGAGACCACAUACUCAUACAACUACUCGCUUCCGAAUGGCCUCUUUUUCAAUACCACGGGGAGUAUGCCGUAUACCAUCAAGGCCGCGACGAACGUCAACCUCGUCCGCCUGAAUGCAUCAGGCUUACCGCUCAUUCUCAAUUUCUCUGCUAUCACCACUCCGGGAAAGACCCUGCCACCGAAGGCGACCGCCAUGGAAUGCGUGUUCUACUUCUGCGUCUCGACAUACCAGGCAACUGUCAAGCAAGGCGACCUGAUGGAGCAAAACUUUCCCACCACGACCAUAUCCAAUCAUUCCACCACCAAUUUGACUCUGAACACCGUAGCAUCGGCGCAGCCUUGUCUGAACGACGGCCAGUGCAACUACGCCAUCCAGUGGCUGAGCAUCCUUGCAAUGCGAAAUACGCUCAGUCCCCUGGUUUCAGGGUUCGGGACAUUGCCCGUGUCGAAUAGACCUUACUUCACCUCCGAUACCCUGCGCGCACUGUACGGCGGGUCUGGCAACUUGACACAGAUCAGUGGGACCUUCGCCUCUCUCGCUGCGGCGCUCAGCACAAAUGCCCGGAAUCGGGUCUGCCAGGGAACAGUGCCCGGCGACGCGUGGGCGAAUGAAUCAUACAUUCACGUCCGUUGGCUGUGGAUGUUGCUCCCCAUUGUGUUGGUGGUGUUGAGUAUCCUGUUUCUCAUUGUCACUGUCGUCCAUACCCGGAACCAGUACAUUUGGAAGUCGUCUCCGCUGGCGCUGCUGUGCGCGGACCUGCAGAUUGAUGGCUCGGUAGAGCCAUUGAAGUCGGGAAAGAUAGAUCCGGGCCAGAAGGAAUUGGAUGAAAUGGCGAAAGUGUCCAAGGUUCGACUGGAGGCUGGUUCUUGGGGGUCGCUGAUGCACGGUCACGUCGUUCAUCGAGCCUGA